GACAUCCCACUGCCAGAUACCCCUCAACUGCAGACCUUUCUGGGACUAAUUUCAUACUGUAGGCCAUGGAUCCCUGAUGCAUCCGUUCUGAUGCAGCCACUGUAUGACUGCAUACCCCGUGUUGCUACUGUUCCUUUCCAAAUGACUGCAGAGGCCAUAGAAGCAUUCAAAUCUCUCAAACAAGCCAUUAUCACUGCCCCAGCUCUUGGCAUUCCUAACUAUAACCUUCCCUUCCGCCUUUAUGUCAUGGAACGUCAAGGUCAUGCUACAGGAGUUCUCACCCAGAGCCAUGGGGGUCGUAAUAGACCUCUAGGUUACUUUUCAAAACGUCUAGACCCUGUAGCCAGAGCCACCCCUUCCUGUGUCAGGGCCGUUCAUGCUGCUAGUUCACUUCUGAACGCCAUCGCUGACAUUAUCCUAGGACACCCCCUCACCAUCAUGGCUCCCCAUGACAUCUCGGCUAUCCUUCAACAGACACAACCUAAACACCUCACUGCACAACGCCACCUCAGGCUUCAGUGUAGUCUGCUCCUGCCAGAUAAUGUCACAAUUCAGAGAUGCCACAUCCUCAACCCAGCUGCACUCCUUCCUCUCCCAAGGGGGGAGUAUACUGCAGACAGAGAUUCUACUGACUAUUUAGAUGAUCAGAUUUGGGAGAUAAUGAAACUGCUGAACACAUCUAACAUUGUCCAGAAUCAGCUUAUCAUAGUCACUAAUCAACACACUUUAGUAUUAGACUAUUUGACUUCAAAGGACGGAGGUAUGUGUCAGAUAGUAGGCACCGCAUGCUGCCAUUAUAUCAAUCCACAAGGUAAUCUACAAGUAAAAGCAGGUUUGGAAAAAAUGAGUGAGAUACGUGAUAAAUGGUUAGAGGCUCAUAGAGCAGAUAAAUCAACAUGGUGGUCUGACACUUUCUCAUUCCUUAAUCCCAGUAACUGGUUCAAGGGAAUUGGUGGAUGGCUGAUGGGAAUAUUUCAGGGGAUAUUACAGAUAGCCCUGAUAUUAUUGAUAAGCUACAUACUGAUCAAAUUUGUUGUUUCUUGCAUUAACCGCAUCACCCGGAAGAAGAAGACUGCUAAAGAACCCAUACUGCUCCUCUAUGAACAAAUAGCUAGUACAGUAGUAGAUAAGGAUGUGAUCCCUUCAUUUCCAACACCUCCGCCUUCUCCAUCUCCAGCUGAUGUACCUCCUCCACCCAAGACUGAAGAUUCAAGACAUGAGAAUUAGGGACAGAUGAAUCCCAGGGUAUUAUCAGAAGUCCGCUUAACCGGGAGCUUAUCCACAAGGGAUAGGUUGUCGCCACUGUCGGUGAAGAGGAUACGAAUGGUAUUCACUGUGGAUUCGUUAGGUUUAGGGAAAGUCUACAAUCAAGUCUACAAGGGGGGACUGUUGUGGAAUCAUAUAUUCAGUGUAUACUUGCUUGUAUUAUAACUAACAGUUUGCUUGACAAAAUGGCCCCUGAAGCAGCAGCCAACUCCCUUAUUAAUCCCUUACUAAACACUUCUUGAUAUUG